AUGGUUUCUCGUGGGGUCGUGGGCAUUUUCCUCCUCUCAGCUCUCCCUCUCUUGUGUCUGGAGCUCCGGCGUGGGAUCCCGGAUCUAGUUCAUCUAAAAGAAGAAGAAGAGCAGAAUGAGAAAAAGCAAAAACUGGUGAGAGAAAAACAACAAGAGGCCCAGGGUGAAAAGGCCAGCAGAUACAUAGAAAACGUUUUGAAACCUCACCAGGAAAUGAAAUUGAGAAAACUGGAAGAACGCUUUUAUCAAAUGACUGGUGAAACCUGGAAGUUAAGCAGUGGUCACAAACUCGGGGGAGAUGAAGGUGCAAGUCAUACAUCUUUUGAAACCUCAAACAGAGAAGCAGUAAAGAGAGAGAACUUACCCAAAUCUCUUACUGAAGUUCUACCACCUGCCGAACAGCGCAUGCGAAAGGAGGUUCUUGAUUUACCUGAAGAACCUCCUGAAACAGCUGAAGAAAUAGUUACAGUUGCUCUGCGAUGUCCAAGUGGGCGAGUCCUGAGAAGAAGGUUUUUUAAGUCUUGCAGUUCACAGGUCUUACAUGACUGGAUGGUGAGCACUGGGUACCACACGUCCCUCUACAGCCUUUCUACUUCCUUUCCCAGAAGGCCUCUGGAAGUGGAGGGAGGCCAGUCACUGGAGGACAUAGGAGUAACGGUGGAUACUGUACUCAUCAUGGAGAAGAAAGAGCAGGGUAACUAAAAGAGGAGUGAAGGCUACCUGUUCUGCAUAAAGCCAGUUAUGCUGUGACCUUACAGGACAAUAAAGGCUUCCCGUAAAAACCAUGCCAUACUUUGAUUGAGCUCAAGGCAGUAAACGCUUUAAUGUUGAUAUCCAUGGGAAUAUAUCACCAUGAACGAUUAGAAAAGGAUUGCUCUCUGCAUGUAAUAAUCUGUGGAGUGUGACAUCUUAUACCAAGUGAGAGCAAGUUAAAAAUGUCGACAAUAAGGCACUCAGUAAUUUUUCCCAGCUGACAUCGUUUCUCGGUGUUUUAGAAAAUAAAGUCAUAGCACUUUGGUUUCUGCCUCUGUCAUCCAUCCUACCACUCAGUGAAUGUUUCACAAUCGGUCAAACCCUUCAAAGUCUUAUAAGUAGGAACAUUUAUUCUACUGUAUUUCUGUACAUUAAAAGCUUUAAAGAAGUUUUAAGUGCUUUAAGGCUUUAAAGUUAUUUUUGGUGGGUUUCUAUUAGUUAACUAAUGUUUACAAUUUAUAUUAUUUUGCCUUGUAUUAAAUUGUAAUGUUGAAAAGUUCCAAGUGGAUCAAUAUUUU